UGGCCCGCCCGCCCCUCCUUCCCCGACAGCUUCUGGCGGCCCAAGUGGACGUGGUGCUGCUUCGGUCCCCCUCGGAGGGGAGCGCAGGGCCCUGCACGGGUUCACGAACAGCGUUGUGAACAGUAUCUUUGGUGCCAGGAACCAAGAGCCAGUUCUCGGAAUUGUCGUCCCAGUCACUAGGAUUGCUGCGAGUCUCUGGGAAGGCCUGUGGGUGCGUCCAGGUGCCAGGCCAGGGGAGGCACACGUGGACAGCAUUUUCAAGAACUUUUGCCACAGGUGUAAAAGACUCCAGGCCUGCAAAGAUGCUGAAACAGAUACUAUCAGAGAUGUACAUAGAUCCCGAUCUGCUGGCAGAGCUCAGCGAAGAACAGAAACAGAUCCUGUUCUUCAAGAUGAGGGAGGAACAGAUCCGCCGAUGGAAAGAAAGAGAAGCAGCAAUGGAAAAAAAGGAGUCCUUGCCAGUGACAUCCAGGCCAAAGAAAGAGAACAGCAAAUCUGUUCACUGGAAACUGGGAGCCGAUAAGGAAGUCUGGGUCUGGGUGAUGGGCGAACACCAUCUUGAUAAACCCUACGAUGUGCUCUGUAAUGAGAUUAUUGCUGAGAGGGCCCAGCUGAAAGCAGAGCGGGAAGCGGAAGAGCUCAGAAAAACCCAGUCCAAAGAAUUCGCCAAUAACUUGAAAAUGAAAUCACAAUAUUAUGAUCUGCAAGCACCAGAUACCCAGGAGACUCAGAAUAUCUGCAAGAAAGCAGCAACAGAAAAGGAAAAACUGGGGAAGGGCUCUAGACCAGCACCACUCCUUGAAGAAGAGAAAAUUCCAUGUCAACAUAGUGGAAAAACUAUAAACUCUGGCACAAGUCAGCUGUGUGAUGCCAGCAAGAUACACAACUCCUCUGCGACUCAGUUUCUUCCUCUGAUAAUUGGGCAUUGUGUUGCCCAUCCAUUAGAGUCACUCUCCAGUUCCUCAAGAAAUAUUCAACAAAUGUUGGCAGAUUCUAUCAAUCGUAUGAAGGCAUAUGGAUUUCACCAGAAGAAAGAGCCUGUGAAGAAAACACAAGAUGAAGAACUAAAACAAAUAGAUGAGGAGAAAGCCAAGCAGAUUUAUAAAAGCUGGAAAGAAGACUCAGAGUGGCAGGCAUCUCUGCGAAAAUCCAAAGCCGCUGAUGAGAAGAGACGCUCUUUGGCUAAACAAGCGCGGGAAGACUAUAAGAGGUUUUCUCUUGCGGCUGAGAAAGGAAGCGGUGAGGGACCACAAAGCCUCCCAGGAGUUCUACAGAAACCAAAAAGACCCCCCCUUCCACCCAAGCCUCACUUCCUAAACCCGGCGGGAUACCCUCCAAAGCCUCUUAGAAACCAGGGAGUGACGAGGACAGCGUCCAACUCUGCCCAGGAGGACAUCAUUCGGUGGUUUAAAGAGGAGCAGCUACCACUGCGAGCAGGCUACCAGACAACCUCAGACACCAUAGCUCCCUGGUUCCACGGGAUCCUGACAUUAAAGAGAGCAAAUGAGCUUCUGAGCACUUGCGAGCCGGGCAGUUUUCUGGUCCGCGUCAGUGAAAGGAUCAAAGGCUAUGCCCUGUCCUAUCUGUCCGAGGAUGGCUGUAAGCAUUUCCUCAUAGAUGCCUCCACGGACUCCUACAGCUUCCUGGGCGUGGACCGGCUGCAGCACGCCACCCUGGCCGCGCUGGUGGACUACCACAAGGUGGAGCCCAUAACCUCCCUGGGGAAGGAGCUCCUCCUCUACCCAUGUGGUCAGCAGGGCGAGCCGCCGGACUACCUGGAGCUCUUCGAGUGACCGCGUGCCCCGUGGUGCCCUGCGCCCUCCAGCUGGGCUUUCCUCUGGGUUAACACUGCUCAAACAGACCUGUGUGUGUGAGGCCAAAGUCAGCCUGCAGCAGAGCCAGCACUGACCAACGGGCAAGUGUCCUUGGAGCCCCGUGGAAAUCUCUCUUCUGUGCAGAUGCUGGAGUUUAACGUUAGGAGAAAACCAACGCUGCAUCAUAUUCACUCCAAAAGUAAAGGGAGAUGAUCCCCAAUUUCAGCAACUACCUAACGUGAAGGAUACAACCUUAAUGAUGUAUAUAAAAUGAACAAAGGAGAAAUGGAAACCUUUUAGGAAUUAAGACAUAACUUCAAAAACCAGUACCUCCCGUGAACUAUUUUAUGACCUCUACAUUCCCUCUUUGCAUCAUUUCGAAAUGUCUCAGGACUGUGUUUAUAUUAAGUUCCAUGUUGGCUUUGGGGAGCUGGCAGAAGAGCCUUCACGGGUAGCCUGCAAACACACUUCAUUUAUCAUGCGUGUUGGAGCCAGGAUGUAAGGAAGAGACAUAGAAAAACAAAAGUUGGGAAUGCAGAUUGAAUGAGGAGUUAAAACUGUAGGAGGAGAGGCUUCACGCGUCACGAAAUACUGCGGACUCUAGGGGAGAGAGCACGUUUUCGAGGCUGGAGAGCGGGGACAGUGCUGGCCUUGUGUACUCUGGCUCCGUCGGGGAGCGCACCGCGAGGUGAAGCCGCGCACACCCGAGGUGCUGUCCAUCAGUGCUCACGCCCCAGCACAGGACACCUGUAAAGGGUCCUACCGGACUCAGAAGCCACCUAACCCCCAUGGGUUCCCACCUAUGCCCACCUUGUUCUGGGGUGGAUGGUGUCGCCAGGAAGACAGGCUGAAGUCCCCAACCCUGGCAACUGCGAAUGUGACCUUAGCUGGGAAUAGGGUCUUUGCCGAUAUGAUCAAGUGAAGAUGAGCUCCUGCUGGAUCAGGCGGACGCUCCUCCAGCAUCUGGCGUCCUUAACAAGGAGAGCGGGAUUGGGAGCCAGAGACCCACAGGGGCGAGGCGGCCGUGGGACCGCAGAGGCAGAGACAGGUGAUGCGGCUUCGAGCCAGGGAAAGCCAAGGCGUGCUGGCCGCCCCCACAAGCCAGGAUCCUCCCUGGAGCCUUAGAGGGGGAUGUGGCUUUGCAGACACCUUGGUUUCGGACCUCGAGCCUCCAGAUCUAUAAGAAUAAAUGUCUAUUGUCUUAAGACACUGAGUUUAUGGUAAUUUGUUACAGCGGCUCUCGGAAACUCACACAGAGGAUCCUUACAGAACCUGAUGGUGCUACAUACCGUGUGUGGCUGCACAGCCGGCCCUCCUGAGAGUAAAGGAAGAGGGGAGAGGAGAGGAAGCUCCCGCCGGCUCGGUUCCGCUCUGGGAUGCAGGUUUGCUCGGUCAGGAAUCCUAUGCCCUCUGCGUCUGCGCCGCCAACUCCCAGCAACUCUCGGACCGGCCCAGCCAGGGGGUCGUCUGUGGGCAGCGCCCCAGGGUGCUAUGACUCAAAAUCGUCUUCUGGGAAGGUGGAGGUUCGCUUGUACCCUGGCCUACUCCCUGCCGCAGCUGACACCUUGUUUUUUCAAAGGAAAAACUUCCUUUCUCAAAGGAAGCAGACAUUGUGGCAGUUUGUUCAUGAGGUUGCUGGUUGUGUAGCCCUCGCGGGCUGUGUAGAACGUUAACAGGAGAAGAGGGCGGUGUGCGUAUGUAUGUGGGAGUGUGUAUGGGUGCGUGUGUGCGCUUUCAUGAGAGAGUUUUUAAACACCUAUCAUGGUGAAGUGAUUCCUGAAAUAUCCUGUGUGUUUCUGUAGUCCAAAAGACACCUAUCAAUGAGACAUUUGUCCAAGAGGACCUGUCUUCAGCUGUCAUUUCUAACUGUGAUUCAACGGCCAUGACAUUUUAGAAUUGCAGAGACCACACAGGACCCACGUCUUCCCACCAUUCCCUCUCUAAGCUUAGGUUUUCACUUCUAAUAAAAAAGGUAUUUUUUUCUAA